AUGGCCUUCCCGGUCACAAAGGACAACGAACUGCCGGCGCUUGGCCGCCCUCUGCACCUGGGGAUGCUGUAUGACCGGCGCAGCGACACCCUCAUCCCAGGGAUUACGCUCUGGGACCCGGAGGCGCUGCAGAAGCACGUACGCACAAAGCUACAACCCAAAACCGAGUGCCACAUGCUUGCAUCUGACAACUACGACAACUUGGCCUCAGCUCUCAAUCUCACGUUGCCGCUGAAGGCGAGUUUAUUGGGGGGUAAUGUUGAUUUGCACGGAUCCGCCAAAUAUUUGAAGGACACCAGAAAGUCCAGAAACCAGGUUCGCCUUGUCCUCCACUACUCCAUCACCACCCGCUUUGAGGAGCUGACCAUGAGCCAUUUAGGACCCCAGAACAUCGCCUAUCCAGGUGUGUUUGACCAGGGGGAAGCCACCCACGUGGUGACGGCUGUGCUGUACGGCGCUCAAGCGUUCUGCAUCUUCGACCGGGAAGUGGCUUCAUCCGAGAAUAAAGAAGACACAGAGAGAGAGAUGAGGGCCAGCAUACAGAUGAUGCUCAAAGAGGCGAACCAAGGCGAUGAAACUACCAGUAUUCAAAAGCGAGGGAAAACCAACAUGGAGAACUUCAGGUGCACAUUUUACGGUGAUGUUGCUCUUGAGAGCAACCCCAUUACGGACCCAGAUGCAAUGAGGAUAUAUUCCAAUCUCCCAAAACUCCUGGGAGAAAAGGGAGAGAAGGCUGUUCCCGUGAAGGUCUGGCUGUAUCCACUGGCAAAGCUGGACCCCAGGGCAGCCCAGCUGGUCCGAGAGAUCAGCGCUGACCUGAUCACAAGAGCGCAAGCCGUGAUAGAGCACCUGAGUGACUGUGAAACGCAGUGCCAAGACCUGGUGAGCGGCAGCCACGUCUGUUUCCCUGUGAUGCGCGAGAAGAUCCAGCAUUUCCAAAAGCUGUGUAAACGCUACCAAGUGGCUUUCCAAGAGCAACUGGCAAGAGUCCUGCCAUCCAUCCGGGGAGGCGGCCAAGAGGAAGAGGCCCUGAGGGAGAUUUUAACCAGAAACCAGCAAUCCCCGUUCCACCCCAAAGGCCUCACUGAAUUUCUGAGCAAGAAGAGUGCAGAGAUGGAGUACGUGAAUUUGUGCUGCACUUUGCUCCCGGGGGUGCGUGUCAUUCCUUCAGCGUGCAAACUCAAGCAGGUGCUGUUUGACCACCAGUGCCAGCGUCUCCUGGCCUUCAUGUUCACCUCCUUGCAAAGGGUGGAGCCCUAUCUCCUCGCCUUGGAGGGAUGGAUUCAGGAAGGCGCCUCGGCCCCAGCAGCACCCGCCAGUUCUGCUGACGAGAAACCCCAGCCCAAGCAGUGGUUUGAAGAGGAAGCCAUCGUUAGCAGAGCGCGGGAGUCUCUGAAGUCCUUCUCAGACUUUGUGGGCCUCAAGCAGCCGAACGAGAGGAUGCAGUUCAUUGUGGCCUCUGUGCCCGAUGGGGACAAUCCGGGAGUCUCCAUUUAUGCCUAUGAGGAAGGGAAGCUGGUGAGCCGCCACUUCCAGCCCCCGCUGCAUCCCUUUCCGCCUGGGAUCGAUUGGCUCAGACACGACAGCCUGCAGCUUCUCUUGAACCCCCGAGUGGACGGCGGCUCUUGUGUGGAGUACAGGGUCUCGGGUCAGGAGAACUGGGCCUCCCUCCCUACCAAGCAGGGAGAGGAGAAACUUCUCGUGAGGAAUCUCCUGCCCAACACCAGCUACCAGUUCCGCUAUGCCGUCCCGGGCCUUGGAGGGAGCAGCAGUGAGAGCACCACUGUGAAGACGCUUCCGACCGGCCCUCCUGGGAAACCCCAAAGGAUGACUGUGGAGGCUUCUGCCAUCUCGGUCACUUGGAAGAGCCCCCAGAGCACUGGAGAGGGGGUGGCUGUCCAGGAGUACAAGCUCCAGUACCAGGAGGGGGCCGCAGGAGGAGGACGCCGCCGCCAGGGGGAGAAAGCAGAGUGGGGAGAGGUGGUGGUCCCGAGGAGCAGCGGGCGCUGCAAGGUGGCUGGACUGAGGCCCGAGACACCCUACCGGUUCCGAGUCUGCGCCGUGUCUUCAGAUGGGACCCAGAGCGCCCCCAGCGAGGAGGCUGUCAUUGCAACCCUCAGUCCAGAUCCGCCUUUCCAGGCAGAAGAAGCCUCUUCUAUCCGGCACAGGGCCCUCCCCGUCAAAAAAGAGAAGGGAUCGCCCACCCUUGGCCGCCCUCUGCUGCCCAACCCCUGCAAUGACAGCCUCAUGCCAGGCAAGACCCCGAAGGAAGCGACUUGUGGCCCCCUCAGAACAAUGGCUGGGCCAGACGACGUGGUGGAGUUGCCGGCCCUGGGCCGCUCCUUCCAGCUGGGGAUGCUGUACGACUGCCGCAGGGACGCUCUCCUCUCAGAGCACCUAUUACUUGACCCAGAGACACUUCAAAGGCACACAGAGCAAAGGGCUCACACCAGCCACACAAUGGAGCCAGUUUCUGCUGGGACCAUCGGAGAGAAGGCAGCUGCUCUGGACAUCCAGCCCUCCCUGCUGACCAGCCUCCUCUGUGGCCUCUUUGAAGUGAGUGGAGCUGCAAAAUACCUGCUCGGCCCCAGGAAAUCCCGGCCUCAGGACAGCAGCAUCACCUAUAAGUACUUGGCAAUAGAAAGGGUUGAGCAGCUGAGAGCCGACUGCUUUCGAGCUGGACGUUUCCUUCAUCCCUCUGCCCUUAACAACUGCGUGGCCUCUCAUGUGGUCACUGCCGUGUGGUAUGGGGCCCAGGCCUUCCUGGACUGUCAUAAAGAUGCUUCUUCCUCUGAAAAUGUGGAUGAGAACAUGGGAAGUUCCAUAGCUACAAAGACGAAGCUUCCAUCACAAAGCAAAACUGAUCUCAAAACUGACAAUGAAGAAGGACCACAACAUCAAAACGUUGGCGAUGGGUUUGGUGGUGACUUUCCCCUAAAGAAUAAGCCAGUCACUUUCCAAGAUGCCAUGAAAAGGCACAUCGUCCCCAUCAGAUUUCUGGGUGAGAGCAGCGAGACGGCUGUGCCCGUGAAGGUCCGUCUGUACCCACUAAAGGAACUGGGGCUUAGGGACUGUGAAGGCUCCUUCCAUGAGAUUCGAGAUGUGCUGAAUUGUGACAUUAAAGAUGAGUUUGAGGCCCUGGCAGAAAUCAGGGCGCAGUGCAAGGACUUCUUGGAUUCCCUUGCUGCCAAAACCUUCCCAGAAACCAGGAAGAAGAUUCAGCACUUCCAAGAUCUGUGUGGGCAUCACAAAAAGGCUUUCCAGAGAGAGCUAGCAGAAACCGUAGCCUCUGUUCGUGGAGGAGUGAAAGCAGAAAAGGACCUGGAGGAGGUCUUGACAUGCAAGCAACAGUCCCCCUUCAACACCCAAAGACUCCAUGAAUUUCUGGGUAAACAGGAGCAAGAGAUCGCUGUUGUGAAUUCCCUCCUUUUGAUCCUAAAAGAUAUAGAAGCCAUAUGCCUUAAGAAGGAACUCCACAAAAAGCUCCUUGACCCAAAGACUGACUGCGUUGUUGCAUUCAUGUUCACAUCAUUACAUAAAGAGGAGUCCUACUUCUCUGAGCUGAAAGCCUCUCUCUCUUCCUCAAAGCAGCCAAAGGACAUGAACCCGGAGACCCAGAGGGAAACUCAGAGCUCCACAGAGUGGUUUGAGGAUGAAAAUGAAGUCAAAAGGGCAAAAGAAGCAGCCAGGUCCUUCUCAGCGUUUGCCCGUGCCAACCUUUCCAGGAAGGAGACCCAGUUCUUAGUGGCCUCCAUCCCAGAUGAGAACAACCCUGGAGUUUCCAUUUACCUGUAUGAAAGCGGACACUUGAAAGGGACCACAUUUGAGCCUCCAUCCAAACCUCUUCCCAUAGUGAUCGAGGGAGGAUCACAAGACAGUGUGCAGCUGAGACUCACUCCAGCACAGUUGGGGAAAGACGCCGUCUCCAGCUGCCAGGUGGAAUACAGGGUCACAGGGCAAGAGAAGUGGGCAGCUGGUAUUACAGAAGGGAAUGGGGAAAUGCUCACAGUCAAAGGCUUACGCCCAGACACCGAGUACCAGUUCCGCUAUUCUGCCAUAAGCAAGCCAGGGCUCAGUGAGAGCAGUGAUGUCAGUGACUCUGUGAGGACCCUUCCUGCCGGCCCCUCUGGGAUGCCCAAAGAAGCUCAUGUGGGAUCACACGGUCUGGCUGAGGGGGGUAAGAACACUUGUAAGGAGGAAGAGAACACGCACUAUACAGACGACACAGGAGUUGUGAGGGAUAACGGAGAAAAGCAAUUGUGUGAACCAAGCACAAAUAGAGAAAGAGAGAAUGUUGGAAGUGCCCACAGCUUCCCAGCACCUACCACCUUGACAGCUGAUGUGGCUGCCUCAGGGUCAAAACCCAGUGGGGAGUCGGAAAAUGUUGCCAGCUCUUUCCUCAGCACCAGCCGCAUGAUACGAAAAGGGUCUCCUUCCGUGUAUGCCCUCCCACUGGAGAAGCUGGCUUGUAAUUCAGAAUCGACUUGUCUGAAGUACAGAUUUGGGAAGAAGGACCUUCAGCUUCCUCACAAAGUGAUUGUGUUGCUGGGAGAAACAGGAGCAGGGAAAAGUACACUAAUCAACGGGAUGGUCAACUACAUCCUAGGUGUGCGAUGGGAGGAUCAUUUCCGGUUCAGUUUAGUCCAAGAAGACCCAACGGGAAGCUGGACUUCCAGCCAGGCAGACAAGCUGACUGCCUACGAAAUCAACUCUGCUCCAGAAUUCCAGGUCCCCUAUUCCCUGACCAUUAUCGACACUCCAGGAUUUGGGGGCACAAGAGGGCUGGAGCGUGACAGGAUGCUGCUGGAGCAGAUCUGGGAGUUUUUCUUGCCCCAAGCUGGCGUAGACCACUUGGAUGCCCUCUGCUUUGUCGCCCAAGCCUCCCAACUGCACUUGACACAGCCCCAGAAGUACAUGUUUGACUCGGCACUCUCCGUGUUUGGCAGGGACAUCCAAGACAACAUCCAAGUCCUGGUCACCUUUGCAGAUGGCCGGACGCCUCCUGUGCUUGGGGCCAUCAAAGAAGGGGGAGUGCCUUGUGCUCAAGAUGCUCACGGAGUCCCAGUUCACUCCCUGUUCAAUAAUUCGGCUCUCCUUGCCAGCAACGUUCAAACCGGCGAGGACAGUUAUCAUUUCUAUCGCAUGUUCUGGGAGAUCGGAGUAAGGAGCAUGGCCAAGUUUUUCCAGUCCUUAAAUUAUUUAGAACCUCAGAGUUUCACAUGGAGGUCAAAUGUUUCAGAGGAGCAGAAGGAGCUGGAGGCUGCCAUGCAAGGAAUGGAGCCGCCCAUCAAAAGGGCGCUGGUGAGACUGCAGGAGCUCAAGAAGACAUGCAGAGCCCUGGAAAGGCACGGGGAGGCCCUGCAGUCCAGCAGGGAUGUUGAGUACGAGGCAGAAAAAAUUGUGCCCGUGAUGCUGGACAUCUCCGGAACUGGCUACUUCUCAACCAACUGCCCGCAGUGCCAGUCCACUUGCCAUUAUCCCUGCCAGUUUCAAGGUGAAAAAUGGAAAUGCAUCGUCAUAGAUGACUCUGGACACUGCAGAGUUUGCCCCGGGAAAUGCCUCUGGGAAACCCACUGCAGUCAAGGCCACAGGUGGGACUACUGGGUAAAAAAGGAAAGGCAGAGCUACAGGCAACUGAAACAGCAGUACCAAGAAGCUCACGGUGAGCCUUUGAGCCAAGAGAAGGCCCUGGAAUGGGCUCACCAGGAAUCCAGAAGCGCAGAAAAGGCCUUGGAAGGGCUGGUUUUGAAGUCUUCCCAUUAUCUCCAGCGCCUGCAAAGGACUGCUUCGAAUCCCAGCUGCCCACCGACUAUUUCGGAAUACAGUGACCUGCUGAUCAGAACGCAGAAAGAGGACCAACAGCCUGGCUAUGAGGAACGGAUAAGCAUGCUGCAAGCUAUGAAAGCCAAGUUCUUGUCCAAUUCCUCAGCUGGAAGGUCCUGAGGAAUUGGGUCUGGAGGGACUCGCCUUUCAGGCACUGUUGGAAAACGCUCUGAUGAGAACCCUUGUGGGGCCCAGGGAGAAGCAGGUUGGAGUCCUGUAUCCCCCUCCCCCCUGCCCCCAACAGCCACGAAGCUCGCUGGUGGCCUUGAACCCAUCACUCCCUCUCAUUCUGCCUGACCUACCUCAUGUGGGGCUUCUGUCUUCCCCGGAAGGGAGCAGGGGUGAGAUGGUUCCAGGCAGUCAGGUCCCAGUGGGGUUGAGCAGGCGAGACAGGGAGAGCUGCAGGGAUCACAGCUCCAGUGAGGCCGCCAUGUUGGGAGUAGCAAGAAGAGGAGGCGAGACCAGGGAGGCGUGGGGCUUGGGGGAGGCGCUAAGUCCUGUCAGCUCUUUACUGGGGCAUUUAAUGCCAAGGCAGCCUAUGACGAGGGCUGCUCUUCGGUGUGGGAGCCACAGUUCCCCUGGAGAGAGAACUGGCUGGACGCAGUGAGCCCAGAGGAGGAUUAGGGUGAUGAAGUAAACUCCUCCCUUGGCUUACCCUGCGGCUGUCCUUGGCUGUUCUCAUCCUGCGAUUCUGGAGUUUUAAGAAGGGCCAGGAGCACACCUCCCCCCCCCCACCCUGGAGUGUGACAAUAAGUUAUGAUUAAUAAUUACUGGGAUUGUCUCUUCGGUGUUUGGGGAGUUAAUGGGGCCAUCUGAGUUGGUACCAGUUUGUCCUGAAACAAACAUGCUUACAAAUCAGCUCCAUUUCCCCCUUCAGCUCAGCUGGAAUUACUGGCAAUCAACUAAUAUUGCAAGUGGCAGCCAAUUUUCAUAUUAUGCCAACUGGGCUGCCCAGACGUGAAACACUGGAUCCUGGCAACCCUCCCUCUGGGUCCAGAGAGUGGGUCCUCCCAGCCCCCCUUGGGAAAGGCUCAGUUGGGCCUCCCUCUCGCCUCCCGUCUUCUGCCGAAGGACGGAGUAGCAUGUCUGAGGCAUUUUCCAGAUGUGAGUUUAGUGCGCGAUUUCACAUCCCCUUGUGGAAGUCAUGAGUGUGUGUGUCAAUAUGCCUGGGCCGUGCCUCUCUGCUUUCCAGGGUGCUUUCCAUAGUGCAGAGGUUCUCAAACCUGGGUCCCCAGAUGUUCUUGGACUACAACUCCCACCAUCCUCAGCCACAAUGGUCAUCAUUAUUCUGUAGUAAUGAAAAGGGAUGGAUUCACAAGCCCUGGCUAGCAGUUGGUGCUGUAAGGGCCAUGCUCAGCCUGUGGCCAAAGCAUGGAGACAGGCCAUGAGGGAGGGAGGGAAUCCUCAGGAGACCCUGCAACCAUCUGGAUGGCAUUUGAGAGUCCAUGGAAGGGCACAAACAACUCACAUCCAGAAAAGCCCAGAGCAUCUAUUUGCUGAACUGCAAGUGACAGAAACUACAUGCCCUUGUGUCUGCCACGUGUGUAUGGUGCCCCUCUCUUCAUCAACAUCAUUGGUUUGGGGGGAAAUCCUUAUAUAAGGCUUCCCUUCAGUAUCUGUUGUUUAAGAACUAAGUUAUUUGUUACUUGUACCUCUUUAUAUACAAAUUCAUUUUAGAAUCUAUUGUUUAAGGAUACGUCAAGCUUAUUUAUUUUUAAUGGAUGACACAAUGAGGAAAAUUACUAAAAGCGGUCCCCUUUUAAAAGGGAAUAAAAUAAAAGGGAAAUUUAGGCAUUGUCUCGCUUGCAAUGCCUACUUUGCAAUGGGGCUACUUUGAGUAAUUUUCCUUAUCGUGUCAGCCAAUGUAUUUUGUUUUUUAGAAUCAUUUACUCAUGCAUCUAUUUAUGUUUGCUGUUUAUAGAUUUCCAGUUAUAUAUUCUUCACACAGAGUUCUGUUUUUAUCAUGUUGUAAUAAGGUGUGUAAACUAGAUGGCGGGUUAUACGUUU